AUGAAAGAAGGUGAUAUUUCACAAAGCAAAGCCGAAGACAUUCCAACCGACAAACCAAUCAACCCCUUCCAACACCUCAACAUAAUCCUUAAUCCAGAUGGGUCAGUCUGUCGCCUUCUAACCAGCAUUCCCGUCGUCCCCAACUCCGACCCCUCCUCUGGCGACCCUGUCCUUUCCAAAGACUCCAUCAUCAACCCCACCACCAACACCUUCGUCCGCAUAUACCUUCCCCUCAAAUCCACCACUGGAGAGCCUCCACGACGACUCCCGAUUGUGUUCUAUUUCUAUGGUUGCUCUUGGGUGCAGUUCUCUGCGGACAAUCCUCCCCUCCACUUGGAGCGCCAACGGACAGCAAUCGCGAUAUCAUCCAUAAUAAUCCUCGUCAAUUACCGCCUCUCACCGGAGGUCCGCCUCCCUGGCCAGUACGACGACGCAAUAGACGCCCUCCUUUGGGUGAAGAAACAGGCAGAAGAUGACCAAAACGGAGACCCCUGGCUCCGCGAGCAUGGUGACUUCUCCCGAUGCUUUCUCAGCGGGUCCGGGAAUGGUGGGAACAUUGCUUUCCACUGCGCGGUUGGUGCCGUGGACGUGGACCUGGGUCCCCUCCGGAUUGCAGGGGUGAUCAUGAACCAGCCGUUGUUUGGAGGGCAGAUGAGGACGAGGUCAGAACUUCAGUUCGCCCGCGACCCAAUUGUGCCACUCCCGGUGCUGGACCUGGUCUGGAAGUUGGCGCUGCCGGAGGGCGUGGACCGCGACCACUAUUACUGCAACCCAAUGUCUGCUGGGCCCCACCUCGCCAAGAUUCCGUUCCUCCCUCGCUGCCUUGUCAACGGCUUCGGGAUGGACCCCACCGUGGAUAGACAGAGGGACUUCGUUCAAAUGUUAAUUUCGAUGGGGGUCAACGUUGAGGCUCACUUUGAGGAUGUUGGAUUCCAUAGGAUUGAAAUUGUGGACCCCAGGCGCCAUGAUGCCCUCAUCACUCUGUAUAAAGAGUUCAUCUCUGUUCCCAAUUUGGGAUUCAAUAUUGAAAACUAA